ACACAAUUUAUAAUCAUUUGACUUAUAUAUAGUAUAUAAAGAACGAUGAAAUUAAACGAGUACUUUACAAAAUCCUCAAAGUCAAACAUUCCUCAUUUUUCCUCAAAAUGAAGAUCUACGUAUUCGCUCUCUUGGUGCUAGCUGCGGUUGCAAUCGCACUUCCAAUUGAAGAUGAAUCAAAAUCUCAGCUGACAAAUGAGAAUAGAUUCUUGAAUUUGGCACCUGUCGGACAACACCAUCGCGAACGUAGGGUCACUUGUGACCUUCUCUCUGGUCUUGGAAUUGGUCACAGCGCUUGUGCUGCCCAUUGCCUCCUUAAAGGAUACAAAGGAGGAAGUUGCACCAGCAAGGGUAUUUGUUCCUGCCGCAAUUAAAGAAUAAUUGGAUUAAUUUUGGUUUAUUUUGAUUUUGAUAACAUACCAAUUUUCUUGAGACGAGAUUGAAUUGGAAUUUUGAUCGCCACGUAUCACGUAUGAUUCAUCCAUUUUCAACCUUACAAAAAAUGCAUGUAGUGCAAAAUUAUUUGUAAUAAAUAUUUUCUCAAACCUUACAAAAAAUACAUGUA